AUGAAUGAUUUCCGCAAAAAAUUGAGCGGAUACAGAGAAAAGAUACUGCAGUCGCUUCACCUGUCGAAGGAGCAAAGAAAUGAGCUUGUAGAAAGACUGAAGAUGUUGAAAAGAAAAACUAUUGACAAAGUUCUACCGACAGGAGACACAAUUGAGGAGAUCAACGAAAUAGCAAUAUUUCAGACUCACUAUUCCAGGGAGAUAUGGUCCUUACGGAGAAGCAACAAAAACAAGUUCUCGCGGCCAUUCUCGGCAACCGUUCUAAGCGGCAAGCUACGUAUGAAAGCGAAUAUCCUGGUGCGAGGUGGUCCAAGGGAGUCAACUACUUCUUCGACGCUAGCGCGA